UGCUGUUAACCUUUUUCCGACAGGCGAUUUUGACUAGUCGUUUUUUGAAUAAUAUAUAAAUAUAUUUAUAUUUAUCUGUAUGGCAUAAAUUAGAUAUACAGCAUCAGUUUCGGCACUAUGGAUCUAAUCGCUGUUCUUGAAAAAACUGUAUCGCCUGAUACCCACGAAUUAGAAAGUGCACAACAGUUCUUAGAACAAGCUUCUCAACAAAAUUUGUUGGAACUUUUGAAGCAGUUGUCUGAUAUCUUGAAACAUGCCAACAACAGUCAUGUGGCUCGAAUGCAGGCUGGGCUCCAGCUUAAGAAUGCGCUGCAUUCCCGAGACGUUGCCAUCAAGACGACCUACCAGAAUCGCUGGCUGCAGUUCCCAGAGGAUGUCCGAGCAUACAUAAAACAAAAUGUUUUGGAUUCACUUGGCACGGAAACGUCCAGGCCAAGCUCUGCAGCACAGUGUGUGGCAUACAUUGCUUGUGCCGAACUGCCCCACGGAAUGUGGCCUAAUCUGAUCGCACAUCUGACGAGCAAUGUAACAAAUCCCGCCAGCACCGAAAUGAUGAAAGAAGCAACACUCGAGUCGAUUGGCUACAUUUGCCAGGAUAUUGACCCAGAGAUUUUGCAGCCUGAAUCUAAUUCUAUCCUAACAGCCAUUGUCCAUGGGAUGAAGAAAGACGAACCAAGUAAUCACGUGAGACUGGCUGCUACCAAUGCACUCCUCAACUCUCUCGAGUUCACAAAGGCCAAUUUUGAAAAGGAGAGUGAGAGACAUUUUAUAAUGCAAGUGGUUUGUGAGGCUACACAGUGCACAGAAACAAAGGUCCGAGUUGCAGCUCUGCAGUGUCUGGUGAAGAUCAUGUCUCUCUUCUACAUAUACAUGGAGCACUACAUGGGGCCUGCACUGUUUGCUAUUACGGUGGAAGCGAUAGAAUGUGAUAUUGAACAGAUCUCCCUUCAAGGUAUUGAAUUUUGGUCGACAGUCUGUGAUGAAGAAGUGGACCUUGCCAUUGAGCUAUCAGAGGCGGCUGAACAGGGUAGACCUCCAGAACGGACGAGCAUGUUCUACGCAAAGGGAGCUCUGCAGUAUCUCCUGCCACUGCUGUUGAAUACACUCACAAAACAGGAAGAGGUGGAUGACGAUGACGAAUGGAACCCGUGCAAGGCUGCCGGUGUGUGUCUGAUGUUGAUGGCCACAUGCUGCGAGGAUGAUGUGGUCGGCUACGUGUUGCCCUUCGUCAAGGAAAACAUCGGCAGUCAGGACUGGCGCUUCAGAGAUGCAGCCGUCAUGGCUUUUGGUUCCAUACUGGAGGGACCUGACCCGGCCAAACUGACACAGAUUGUGGAGGGCGCGAUGCCGAUGUUGAUAGAACUGCUGAAGGAUACCAGCGUGGUGGUGCGCGACACGUCAGCGUGGACGAUCGGCCGUGUGUGCGAGAUUCUGCCCAAUGCCGUGCUCAGUGAACAGUGCCUUGGUCACCUGCUGCAGGCACUGGUUGAGGGACUGGAGGCCGAACCGAGGGUCGCCAGUAAUAUAUGCUGGGCCUUCUCCAGUUUGGCCGAAGCUGCUUUCGAACAUGCCGAAACAACAGACGAUAGUUCUGACCCAGAGACAUAUUGCUUGUCACCGACGUUUGAAACAAUUGUACAUAGACUUUUGCAAACAACACAGAGAACUGACGGUUGUCAUCAUAAUUUAAGAAAUGCUGCAUAUGAAGCUCUCAUGGAACUGAUUAAAAACAGUGCAAAGGAUUGCUAUGAAAUUGUUCAGAAAACUACAGUGAUAAUCCUAGAGAGACUCGAACAAGUUUUGUCUUUGGAGGCAAACGUACAGUCGUCGACGGAUCGUGCUCAGUACAAUGAUCUCCAGUCACUCCUGUGUGCCACUCUACAGAGUGUGUUGCGUAAGAUGACUCCACAAGACGUGCCACUGAUCUCCGACCAGGUGAUGACGGCACUCAUCAAAAUGUUCCAGAGUCCCGCAGCCAAGGGUGGCGGGGUUCAGGAGGACGCCUUGUUAGCGCUCUCCACACUGGUCGAAGCCAUGGGAGAGAAUUUUGAACAGUAUUUGGAAGUGAUAAAACCAUUCCUGGAAAUAGGACUCCGAAAUCACGUGGAAUAUCAGGUCUGUUUGGCAGCUGUCGGGGUGGUAGGCGAUUUAUGUCGAGCCCUGGGUGUCAAAAUUCUUCCAUACUGCGAUGACCUUAUGACGAUGCUUCUUGAAAACCUUGGGAAUGAGCUGGUUCACCGGUCCGUGAAGCCUCAGAUCCUGUCCGUGUUUGGCGACGCGGCUCUGGCCAUCGGCCCGCACUUCAAGAAAUACCUGGACGUCGUCCUCACAGCACUACACCAGGCCUCACAGGCUCAAGUUGACAAAACCGACUAUGACAUGAUCGACUAUCUAAACGAGUUGAGGGAAGGCUGCCUAGAGGCGUACACCGGCAUAGUACAGGGAUUUAAAGGAACUGACGAACAAACGAGUGCCGAGAUAAAACUUCUGGAGCCUCAUGUGCAGCACAUGCUUUCCUUCAUCGAACACGUUUACCUUGAUAGUGACAAGACGGAGGGCAAUAUCGCUGCGGCCUGCGGACUUAUAGGUGACUUGUGUACAGCCUUUGGCAACAGUAUUCUGGUUCUAGUAGAAAAAGACGUUUUCCAGAACCUGUUAACUGAAGGUCGAAGGUCAAAGGUUCACAAGGCUAAAACUCUUGCCAUCUGGGCGACAAAAGAAAUACGGAAGUUGAAAAAUGCUUCAUGAUGAUGUCGCCGACUAUCUUGCAGCCGACUGGCUGCCCAGACAAAUCUACUGUCACAUGACUGCAGUUAUCAGAGACCCUGGACGGUGACCUUCGACCCGACUUGGACGUAUGCCAGAGUGCGACUCGGAGAGUGAAUGUAACUUCAUCUCAGCAACGGCCCGUUCGAUUGGUUCUGUGCCGAGAAUGAGACGAGGUGUGAGCGAGCGCGCGCGAGUUCAGGCUGCCACGAUAGUGGCGCCUUCCCAUGACUGUUGCCGUGGAAAUCAACCACAGCCAAUCAACAUUGGAGAUUCUCAAAUCUUCAUCCAACAAGAAAUUCUUUUUUUUUUCUUUUUUUUUAAAUUAUUAUUUUAAAAACAAAAACAAAAAAGUGGUUUUGAACUGUGUGAAAGUUAUGACUGAUCUGUAUACCAGAAUUCUUAGCUGAUAGGUUUGACCAAAAAAUAAAUUUUGCUCAGUA